GGAGUGGUCCAGUAUAUCCGGCAGGAUGGGACGCGGCGCUCGGCACUUUACGUGUGGACCAGCGUCGCGCUAGAAGGAUGAUGCGGUGGGAAAUGAAGAGCUCAGCCAUGUUGUUGUUGGUAGUGGUGGUCGCCAUGACAACCGUCGUUAUGGCCGCUGUGCCUGGUCCAAAUGACAGCCGCUAUCCUGACUACAUCGUGAACCCCCGUGUGGAGUGUACGAAGGAGGGAGUGUUCCCUCAUCCCAGGAACUGUAGCUGGUACUUCAGUUGCGUCGACCGUAUGAAGGUUGGUUUCUACAGCACAUUCUACUUCGAGUGUGAACCUGGUACUGUCUUCGACGACGGGCUGGACCAGUGUGUGUUCCCCUACCUCACCUCACCUCCCUGUGGCACCAACGGAACAAAUCAAAUCGUUUUCCCACCUACAACAUCGAUGCCUGUAACUGUAUCAGCUACACCUACACCUACACCUACUCCUACACCUACACCCAUACCUACACCAACACCGGCUGUUACACCACCCGUUGUUCCCUGUGAAUUUUCAUCGGACAGUUGUCAAAAUUACGAGUUGUGUCAGCCAGUGAGGUCGACCAAGACCCUGUGUACUGGAUGUUACAUCUACUCCAUCUUCAUUGGUGCUGAUGAUCUAUGUGACUCAAAGGGACAACUCUAUGACAAGGAAUUGAAGCGGUGCGUCAAUCCACCCACAGUCUCGGAGCUGUGCCCGGCUACCACCAUCGCUCCCUCUCCGGUGGUGAAUAUCAACACCCCUAAUACUCUGAGGUGCUCAGAUCAGGACACACGACCGUACGAGGCCUGGAUAGCCUCCACCUACUGUGAUAAAUUCGUUUUAUGCGAGAGAUCAACCAGCGAUCUUCAGAAUAUCCGUGUGGUAGAGCUGUGUCGUAACUUCUACCAGUGCAACAAGAAUAUUGGCAGGCCGUGGUCGUCUGAACUGAGGAACUGUGUCGACGAUCUACUGUACAGCUACGAGUUGGACCAGUGUGUGGCCAAACCUAGAGACGAUGAGCUGUGUUAGCGGGGCAUCUUGACACCAGUCAUUUGACACUCUCCACUUGUAGCCCGCCAGUGACAAUCGCAACUUCUCAACAGCCCACUGCCAUUCUCCACUGAACACUAUCCAUCUCACACCAGCCACUUGACACUAUCCAUCUUACAUCAGCCACUUGAAACUAUCCAUCUCACACCAGCCACUUGGCACUAUCAACCUCACACCAGCCCCUUGACACUAGCCAUCUCACACCAGCCACUUGAAACUAUCCAUCUCACACCAGCCACUUGGCACUAUCACCCUCACACCAGCCACUUGACACUAUUCAUCUCACACCAGCCACUUGACACUAUCCAUCUCACACCAGCCACUUGGCACUAUCAACCUCACACCAGCCACUUGACACUAUCCAUCUCACACCAGCCACUUGGCACUAUCAACCUCACACCAGCCACUUGACACUAUCCAUCUCACACCAGCCACUUAACACCAGUUGGAGGAGCCGGUAUUCAAGUCUUCGUGCCAAGGAGGAAGAUUCCCGAAGAAGAAUUAUAUUAUUUAUGGAGCUACAGUUAUUAAAUGUUUCACCGUUCAGUGUAAAUAAAAUCUUAUAUUUUAGGCAUUAAAGGCUUUCAGUUAGAUAUGAUUUUUUUGGAGAAAAUAAACGUACAUAAGUUUGCUGGACAGUUACAAAAUCUCUUUUUCGUGGCUGAAGGAAUUAAAUAACUACAGUAAUAAGUUCAUAUCUGUGAACUCUGAGUUGUUACACUGAAUCAACAUGAAUGUACUAAGAUCUUGCCUGCAUUUAAUACUUAGAACACAAUAAAGGCAACACACAUGUAUGUUACACAUGUAUACGACGGCCUCAGGCUACUUGUAAGGAUACUUGUAUCACUGAUUGACUGUUUAUCAUUUUCUUAAUUUGUUUUCCAUAUUUUGAUACCCUGUUUGGCUUUCAUUGUUUGCUUAUUAUCUGCUGCUGACGCCUCUGUUGCAUCAGAAGUCUCUACAGUGCAAUUAUUAAUUAUUCAAUAUUUAUUAUCUAUUUAAUUUAUUGUUUUUGUUAAUCUAUCUUAUUUAAUAUAAUUUU